GACCUUAAUACAGCGAUUUAUUUACACUUAAACAGACAAAUCAUCAAAUAUUUGAUAAUUUUUCGAUAAUUUUUCAAGGUGUAAUUUAGUGAAAGUGGAUUUAGUGACAUUGGAGAUUUUGCAAAUUGAUCAGAAGCAGACGGGCAGUUUGUUACUAUAAAUAAAUAAAACAGCAGACGGCAAAGAAUGUGAAGUGAGGUGCGAGUAUUGAUGACAACACUUAAACAAAAAGCAGCAAAAUCAACACCUAAAGAGAUAGUUGUGACUGGGCUUGUGCAUGGCAUAUUGGCUAGAGGAUAGAUGUCCAUCAGCGUCAUUCAUCACUUUUGAUAUCACAAUUGCUGACAUUUAGAUGAGGUGUUUGCUGUUGCUGCCUCCUCUUGGAACAUUUCUGUCUUUUUGAUUGGAUGAAGAUCUACAGAGCUAUUUUCUGAUUGGAUAGUACUACCAAGUUUGGCAGUUACAGAACAGAUUUCUGAUUGGAGAACUAAUUACAAAGCUUAUUACUGAUUGGAUAAAAAUAAAUAAAGCUGGUGACACACUUGACACCUGAUGCAACAUUAACUUGGUAUUGGUAGACUAACUGAUCAUGUGAUCAGGUGUCAAAGGUUGUUUGUACAUUCUUGUGUGAAACUGACACUGGCUUUAAAUGUACAGGUGUGACAUUGUCCUUUGAAGGUCAAAAGCUGACAUUCAUGUUUUGAGAUGCAAUAUUAACAAUUGAGAUGUAACAUUUAGGACAGCAGGGGAAUGUCUGUCCACAGCAUGAUGACAGAGCCAUGACUGAUAUGGAUAGACAUAUAAAACAAACAAAUGACAGACUUUCAUGUAUAAGACAGCAUCUGCAGAGUCCUGGAGGUUUUCAGAAUGCAGCCAGAGAGUUAUUGGACUGGUGUUCAGACUCUAGAGCCUUUCAAGAACCAUUUGAGAACACCCUCAUCAGCUGUCUAACAGUUGUAAGUCGUGUGGCAGCCCAGCCAGGCUAUGACCUUGACCUUGGUUACAGGUUAUUGGCAGUUUGUGCAGCAAACAGGGAAAAGUUUUCAGCAAAAGCUUCAGGUCUAUUAUCUACAUGGUGUGAGGAGUUGGGUCACCAGUUACUAGUUCGCCAUCAGAAGAACCAUCCCAACAACAGUAAGGGGCCAGGGGACAUGCACCCACAGCUCCAAAAACACAUGGGGCCAAUGGGAGCAUGUGACCCAAAUGUUGGAUGGCAAGGUCAGCAUGGUGGGGCGGGUCCCCAGCAGUCUCUGUCAGUAGUAACCACAGUGUGGGGAGUCACGCCUACAACCCAGACGACCCCGUACAACCACACGACCCCAGGUGGCUACAACACUAAUACUACAAUGAGCAACACCAACUACACACAACCACCUCAGGGAUUCCCAGGCAAUCAAAUGCAGAAACCAGGCUAUGAAAGUAACACAGGCCUUUACCAGCGGAGCAAUUCUUAUCCAUGUCCGAGUGGUUAUCCACCAACCCCAAACACCCCAGGAUCAAACACACCUGUUUCUAUGGCACCAAAGAACGAUUACCAUGCACCACCGGCAGCUUUGUCUGCAGCAGCUCUGGUGGCGGCGGCAGCCACGGCAACGGCAACUGCCACGGCAACAGCAACAUUAUUGCAAGAGCAGCAGACGCAGCAGCAGCAGUUUGAUAUGCAGUAUAAUAACCAAUAUAAUCCUCAGAUGCAGAUGGGCCCAGGAAAUCAAGCAGUACAGUAUAACAAUCAAGGCUAUGGAGGCAUGCCACAAAGACAUCCAAACCUGAUGGGUACAGGUCGAACGCCCGGUCCUGGACCUGGGCCGGGCCCGAUGAAGAACAAUAUGAUGGCCAUGUAUCAGAGAAGAGCUGCUUCUGCCCCCUAUCCCCAGCAGAUGAUGAACAGUAUGCAGGGUAUGCCAAGCAAACGCCCAAUGUCGCAAUAUCCACCAAAUGGAGCACAGUACGCACCUCAGGGGCCAUAUUCUCAGUAUCCAACCAAGCCACAAUAUCCCAGCCAACAGCCCCUUCCAUCACCUACAUACGGCCCACAGCCAGGCAUGAGACCCAAUGGGCCCUACCCAAAUGGUCAGAAUCCUUACAUGAACCAGGGACAGUACCCGCCAACGCGGCCAAGCAUGAAUGGCCAAACUUACAACCAUUACACGUCCAGUCCUACACAAAAUAAUUUUCAGCCAAAUAGCAACAUGAACUACCCUCAUUCCCCAUUACCAGGCAACCCAACACCACCAAUUACCCCCAACAGUGUACCCUACCCACCAGAUGUAAAACCAAAUAUGAUGGCACCAGCAGCCAUCAAGAAAGAAAUUGAUGAGUUGCGACUAACAUUUCCAGUACGGGAUGGUGUUGUUUUGCCACCAUUUAGACUGGAACACAAUCUAGCAGUCAGUAAUCAUGUCUUCCACCUGCGGGAGUCAGUAUACCAAACAUUGAUGUGGAGGUCCGAUUUAGAACUUCAGUUGAAGUGUUUUCAUCAUGAAGAUAGACAAAUGAAUACAAAUUGGCCGGCAUCUGUAACAGUCAGUGUCAACGCAACUCCAUUACAAAUAGAGCGUGGAGAAAAUAAAACGGCACAUCGGCCACUUUACCUCAAGGAAGUUUGUCGGCCGGGUCGAAAUACAAUACAGAUCACUGUUACUGCAUGUUGUUGUUCUCAUUUAUUUGUUCUACAACUGGUACAUCGGCCAAGCGUUAGGUCAGUACUUCAGGGUUUAUUACGCAAACGUUUGUUACCUGCAGAACACUGCAUCACUAAAAUCAAAAGGAAUUUCACAAAUGCUGCAUCAAACAAUGGUGGAAUAAAUGGAGAUGAUGGGGUGGAGCAAACUGGAAUCAAAAUAUCACUAAAAUGUCCGAUAACUUACCGACGGAUAGCAUUACCGGCACGAGGGCAUGACUGUAAGCACAUUCAGUGCUUUGACCUAGAAUCGUACUUACAAUUGAAUUGCGAGCGAGGCCAGUGGCGAUGUCCUGUCUGCAAUAAGCCAGCAUUACUGGAGGGUCUGGAGAUAGAUCAAUAUAUUUGGGGGAUCCUUACAAACUUACAGAAUACAGAGUUUGAGGAGGUGACCAUAGAUCCAACGGCAAGUUGGAAACCUGUACAGCUGAAAAAUAUCAAAGAGGAGGAUGCAGGCACUGAACCGUGUGCACGUUGGAUGAAGGCCAUGUCACCUGCCAGUAUGCAGUUACCUACGAUGAACUCGUGGGACAUGGGACCUGCACAUUCUCCAUACAAUAACAUGCCUCCCUCGUCAGGUCCACCAUAUUCAUCAGGAAAUUACGGUGGUGGUCAGGGCGGACCAGGAACCCCGGGUUCGUACCAGCAAAACGGGCCACAGAACGGGGAUUUUAGUAAUAUGCUACCCAUGUCACCUAUCAAUAAUAAUCUGGCAGGCAUGAACUCUAUGAACAAUAAUGACAUGAUGAGUAAAGCGAUGAACCCCGCAGGAAAUCAAGGUCAAUAUCCAUUAUCGCCGCCUCAGACAAAUUCACCACAUUUGCGCCAUCCUGACCAAGGCAUGAACAACCACAUCCCAUCCUCAUCGAGUUCCAGCCAGUCACAGCCCAUUUGUACCAAUAAUUCAGCCAAUGGGACGCAAUCAUCACAAAUGCCCCAUCCUCAACCACAAGCCCCACCCACCAGUCAGCAAAACACAGUGGGAGAUGACCUUAACUUUGACCCAACUGCCAUUAUUGAUGAUGAUGGGUCAGGGCCUGCAUUAGAUCUUGAUACAUUAGGAGGAGACCCGCUCGAGUUGCUCUCAUACCUUGGUCCUUCCGAGGGAACCGAGAACUCAACACCCAACAGUUCCGCAAACCAAAGUAACGUGAACAAUGUGACUACGACAAAUACGAGUGAAGACAUUUUGUCAUUCUUUGAGUCAUAGCUGUUAUAGAUAUUGUUAUAUUUAUUAGAAAUCAAAAAUACGGACACUUGUUUUGAUGUGAAUCAGUAAUUUUGAUGACUCUGAUAUUACCUGGUUUCUGCCCGGUAAAUCUGAGAGAGUAUUUAUAUGAUUGACGACAUAGGGCGCUUGAAGGAUUUUUGAGGAGGGUCAGAUUUGGUGAUUUAAGUGUUUAUCAAUCAUACUCGCUUUUACAAAACCGGACUGACAUCAGUGCUAAAACCAUUUUGUUUAGCAAGGUGAAAAGGAAUGGAGACGAAAGGUUGGUGUUGAAAUGGCUUGCAAUAGCCAAGGAGGAGUUGGGUGCAGGGGUUAAGAUUGGAGAAGAAAGAGGAAAAACAGUGCUUACUUUAGAAUCCUGUGAUUUGUUAAUACUUUGUCAUUUUACUUUGUGCUAGGCCAGUGAUAGGGGCGGUGCCUCAUUUUCAUAUAAAGACAAGCUUUUUAAAGCAUGUUACAUUGUUACGUUAAGGGUAUAAAAGUGUGCUGGACAGUAAAGUGAACAAUUUGAAAAGUUUCAAACCUAAAAUAUGGAAGGAGCCGAAGCCAAAUGUGCAGAUAUCCAUGCUGUGCAUUAGAGAAAAGUAUAGAGGAAAUAUAAAUGGCUUCGAGUGAUCAUUUACUUUAUAAUUAUAGGAAAGAUUAUUUCACAAGUGUGAAAAUGUUGCCAUUAGAAGGGCUCUCCAAAGGGGUGUCGGCGUUGCCGUUGAGGGGUUCUCACAAAAGUGUGUGAUCUCAGACAUGUAAUUCUCACAAAACUAUUACGCUGGAUCAAUUUGACUGUAUGAAAAUCAACCAUGAUUCUCGUUCAUGUGAUUAUUUACAUAAACCUUAUUAUGUGUAUUUAUUUAAUGGCCAAGACAGUAUUGUGACCAUGACAUUGUUGCUCUGUGCCUGUGUUACUAAAAAUAGCCAACAAAGUUCAAAACGAGGCCAAGUUAGUGUUUUUAUAAUCUUUCUCUUUUUUUUAUGGAGAACAGUGUUUCAAAGAGUUAUAAGUGAUUAUACAAAUGUUUUACGUACUGUUCAAGUUGUGAAUAAACUCUUCGGAGAGAAAAUAUAUAUUUAUUGGCAAAAUUUGAGCAGACAAGUUUUGCUCUGAGUAAACUUAGAUGAAAGGCAGCAAAGAAAAAAAGUAUAUAAAAAAUAUGUGUAAAACAUGUCAUCACUAUUAAGUCCAGACAUCACUGUACAUAUGAUCUCGCUCGUACGUGUUACAACCCAUAAGUAUCAAAUAACUACGGAAAUUGCAUCAAAUUGUUAUUUAUUUAUUUGUAGUUGAGAAGAGUUGGCUCUUCGUUAAUAUAUGUAUUCGUAUAUAUAUAUAUAUAUAUUUUAUGUCAAAAAUGUGUGUUUUCUGAAAGGCAUAUAGUUCAUAUGUGCACCAUAUCUUCAAAUAAAGCAAUAGUGUGUGUAAAAUGAUGCAAUAUAGGAAAUAAAGGUGGCUGUGCAAGAUUUAUAAAUACAUCAAUAGUUUAAUUAUAUCAGUGUUUGAAUUAUCAGUACAUCAAUAAUUUGAAUUAUAAAUACACCAACAGUUUGAAUUUCUAAUACGUCAACAGUUUGAAUUAUCAAUACAUCAACAUUUUGAAUCAUAAAUAGUCAACAUUUUGAAUUAUAAAUACAUCAACAUUUUGAAUUAUAAGUACACUGACAAUUUGAAUUAUAAAUACACCGACAGUUUGCAACAUAGAUACAUCAACAGUUUUAAUUAUUCCUGGACUUGAACAGAACUUGAACUAUGAAAAUCUUUUUUGUUGAAAUUUUUGACAGUAUCUGCAUGUUUACAAAUUCACUCUUACAGUGAAUUAUCUGUAACAGUAUUUGACUUCUUAGUCAGUUUUUUUAUUGCAAAUACCGUCGCAUAAAUAUAUUCUAUAUGUUUUCUAUUGGAAUUUUUGACUUGCUUGCUUUCUAAAUUAAACAAUGAAUACCUCACUAGUAGAAAUUUAUUCUCAGGAUGAUUUUGUAUUCUCUAAUUUCUGCUCUUGAAUUUCUAUUCUCUAGUUUUAUUCAAUUUAAGAAAGGAAGUACAUAGUAAGUUCAGGCAUUUGGUUAGAAUUAGGUUUAUCUCUGGUGUAAUACCGAGUUAACCCGUCGUUUAUUUUUGCAGAUAAAUAUUUCUCAUGCUUUCUUUAUGAGCAAGUCAGUCUAAACAGAAAUUCUUCUCAUCAAAGGAUGUCUUUUUAUCUUCCUACAUGUAUGAACAAUUUUUUUUUUAUUUCUCUUUUCGAUCUAUGCAGUUAUUAUUUCAGUAGUUAUAUAGGGUAACAGAAUGGGUAAAUGUCUAUGAGAAAAGUAUAGAAUGGGUAAAAAGAUGCAGAUGAAUUCUUCCUUGAACUUUUUAUUUCGAGUAUUUUUUCUUGAUCAGAUGUCUUUGAAAACUUUCAAGUUUUGCAGCCCAGUACAUCUAUGUCUAAAAUUGCCAUUGCCUGAACUCUUCUCCACAGUCGUCCUACACCUUAAAAUUUAUCUGACAGUUUAACAAUGCCUUAAAAUGUAGUUGGAUCAGAGUAUAUCAACAAGUCAUUGUUCCUGCUGUAACAUUAUAGGAACUAGUUCAGUUAAUGGUUUCAGUUUUCCAGUCACAACAUUUAUGAACAACAGUGGAUACAGUAUGACAUAGUGAAGUAGAUGUUAAGUAAAUGUUACAUUUAAAAUAUCUGGCUGAGUGAAGUAACUGUUAAGUGUAUCAUUACUAUGAUUGCAUGAAAAUGUUUGCUAAUGAAGUUAUUUUGUUUUUUCUAGCAAUCAGAAUGGUGCAUGUGAAGUGAAUAUUUCAGUAAAUAUGAAGACUGUUAAAUAUAACUGUUUCAUUUUAUGAGCUUAUCGUUUCAGUAAGCAUUCAUUGAAGCAAAUGUUUCAUUUAACAGUUGGAAUUAUGUGGGUGAAUGAAGUAACUCUUUCACUUAAUAAUCCUCACAUUUCAUUCGGAAUGACCUGUGUGAAGUAAAUGUUUCAACAAGCAUUCAGAAUGACUGAGCGAAGUAAGUGUUUCAACAAGAACUCAGAAUGACUGUGCGUGAAGUAACUCUUCCUCUUAAUAAUCCUCACAAUUCAUUCAGAAUUACUGAGUGAAGUAAGUGUUUCAACUAGAACUCAGAAUGUGCGUGAAGCAACUCUUUCACUUAAUCCUCACAAUUCAUUCGGAAUGACUGUGUGAAGUAAAUGUUUCAACAAGCAUUCAGAAUGACAGUGUGAAGUAAAUGUUUGAGUUAGCAUUCAGAAUGAUUGCUUAAAAUAACUAUUUCAUUUAGCAUUCAAAUCAAGCAUUUAUAAAAUGGUUGUUUUAUUUAGCAACCAAGCUUAGGAGAAAAACGUUUCAAAAUGUUCUGAUCAUCAUACAUAGAAAAGGGAGGUAUAUUUCUCAAGUUGUCAAAUUAAGUAGUUUUUAUUCAAAUGUACAUUGAUUACUUUUUAAUUGGAUAGGGAAUUUUCUCUUUGAUUGAAUAGUGAAGUUACUGUUUGAUUGAACUUGGAACUUACUCUUUGAUUGAACAGUGAACUUACUCUUUGAUUGAACAUGGAACUUACUCUUUGAUUGAACAGUGAACUUACUCUUUGAUUGAACAGGGAAGUUACUCUUUGAUUGAACAGAGAACUUAUUCUUUGAUUGAACUAUGAACUUACUCUUUGAAUGAACACUGAACUUACUGUUUGAUUGAACAUGGAACUUACUCAUUUAUUGAACAGUGAACUUACUUUUUGAUUGGACAGAGAGUUUACUCUUUGAUUGGACAGAGAACUUACUGUUUGAUUGAACAGAGAACUUACUGUUUGAUUGAACAGUGAACUUAUUGUUUUAUUGAACAGUGAACUUACUGUUUGAUUGAACAGAGAACUUACUCUUUGAUUGAACAAUGAACUUACUCUUUUAAUGAACAGUGAACUUACUCUUUGAUUGACAGUGAACAUUGAUGUAUCACUUAGAGCGUGGGUAAAUAAAGAAAUCAGUUGCAAAGGUUGGUAAAACCAAGCAUUAAUUUUCUUUCACUGUUUUAUUUAUAGCAAUGUCUUUUUGAUGAGCAGCAAAGCAUUACAUUUUAUGAAUUUCAGACAGUUUGCACAGAAUCAUUAUCUAUGUUGUGGUAAAUGAUCUGUGUAUAUUUUUUUCUUUACAAGGAGCAAAUAUUUUGACGGUAUAUUAUAAUACUUUAAAAAGAAAUGACGCAAUAUUGUUUUUUUGCAAUUUACAGUUUUAUUCAUUUAUAUCAUUAACGCAAGUUUUUGACCAUGCAGGUUUUGUGUAAUGGUCAGAAGAGGCAUAUAUCAUUGACAGAUUUUUUAUUUAAAAAGUGACAAUGUAAUCUAUAAUUGUAUAUUGUUUUUUUAUUGUUAUUUAUGUUAUUGUAUUAACUGUACAAAGACUUUGUUUUUUUUCUGUAUUUUUAGAUACAAAUGUUUAGGUAGUAAUGUACAUAAUAUACAUAUUUAAAAUGAACAAAUUUUUCAAGUAUUAAAACUUAUGUUAUAUAAAUAUCAUUCUUUGGGUUAUAUUACCAUUGUACAGAAAUUAUGGAGCAUUAUGACUUUUAAAAAGUAACAGAUUUUGCUCUGUUCUCCUUGAUACAUGUUAAAAUUACAAUAGGUCACUCUUGCCAAGCUUGUGUCAGUUUUUGUCAAAGUUAUCUGUCCUGCCAAGUACUCUUCAUUUUGGAGGUAAAAUCUUAAUUGAUGGGGGGAAUGAUUGAUGUUAAGAAAACUUCAGUAUACCAGAUAUUGCAAUUUUCUAAUUUCGAUGAAAAAUUUUAUUAGCUUGGAGCAGCUUGAUUUAUAAUGUGAACUGUAAUUUUGUAUUCUGUAUUGGGACAUUUUUGAUAAGGUACAUAGAAAAAUGAGAUUUUCUCUCAAGUUUCGUUCUAAAAAUAGUCUUUGAAGAGAACAAUUCCCUCUCGACAAACACAUACACAGCUUGUCAAGCUUUGAUGCCUUUAUUGUGCAACAAAUUCUCCCAUAUUUUUAUUGUUUCAUUUACAUUUCUUCUGUCUACAAUCCAUUAUUUCUAUUAAAAUUGCAAUAAUCUUCUAUUUGUAAAGUUUAGUUUCACCUUAAAGUAGAUUGUAUGUCCUCGUUGCCAUAGCUACCAAUGCUCUUUCCAAACCCCUCUCUGAACAACUUAACAAUUUAGCACAAUUGUGAAACCAUGAAAAAAUGUUUUGGAAAUGUCUGGUCUCACAAAAUGUAAUAAGAGGUCAAGAAGAAAUACAGAAUACUGCAAACACUUGAGUUCAUAAAAUAUCCAGUUGGAAUCGUUGCAGGAUCAAUAACCAAACUAUUAAGUUUGUUCUUCAUGAAAAUAUUUGGGCUUUAAUUAAGGUAUACAAAUACCUCAAGAACACAACUUAUAAUGGUUUACAGAAAGCCUCAGUUAUAAACCAUACUGUUAACAAAGCAACAUUUCCUGUAAAAAGCCAAGGUUUGUAAGCUUUACAAUUUAAAAUGUGUGUAUAAUGUAGUUCAGUAUCAUUUUGGCUUGUACAGAAUGAGGUUGUAAUCAUAAUGAACUUCUGUCCAUUCUGCAUCAGACUGAACACCCCAUUUGUUAUUUUAGAUCUGGGUUUGAGGUUGUAAAACUACAGCUUGGAGACCAGUCCAGAAACUCAAGCAUUUGAUUGGUCAAUUCUAAGGUUUAUGUUGGAACUGACCAAUGGCAAGGCAGCAUUUUUAGACUGGUCUCUGAACAGUUUAAUAACCUUUCUGCCAUGAUCUGUCAGAUCAAAGCCAAGGUUUUGUUGAUAUGUGUAUUUUUGAAACAAAGAUUUUUUAUGGCAACAUUGUGCAAUUUCUCUUUACCUUGUUAAUCAUAACAUGCAAUUAUUUUCCACCUUUAGCAAUAUGUUCUAUGUACUACUCUCAGACAUCAGCAAGGCAAUCCUUGAGAAAAGCUUCUAUUUCUGAAAUUUCUCUUCACUCUGACCAAUUUUUAACUUAUUUCUUUAAGUUUAAGUAAUAGCAUGUUUCUCUCUACUCGAAAAGUACUGAUAUUUAUCUUAAUUUAAAUGCAUCAUAAAUUUAGGAAAAUAAAUUCAGAGAAUUUGAAGGGACCCAAAAAAACAAAGAAAAGAAAGAAACUCACGUCUGUUUACUACGGUAUCUAGGAAGUGAGUCUCUCUUUCGAGUGAAGUGCUUGAAUUUCUGAAAGAAAUACUUUUUGGAAAGACUAUUUCUAAAAACAAAACAAAUGAACAAAAUACUGUCCACUGUAUAUUUUAAAUGAAAUCAUCACUGGUAUAUAUCAGUAUACUAAGCUCAAACUAUUUUGAAUUUUGCUCACUCCUGUUAAAGACAUUUCUUAGCUUUAUUUCUUCUUUAUUUUCUAUCUAUUAUCUUUUACAACCAGCAGAAGAACAGGUAUUUUCCAUUAGAUACAACAGUUUUAAAAAGGAUGUAAUGAAUUUCUUUAAAUGUAUUCCCUUUUAGUAAAAAAAAACAAACUUCUUUUUCGACAAAAUAUUGUAGAAAGUUUUUUUUUUGUACAAAGUUGUGUUGUGCAAUCAUAUGCAUUGCUUUCAGCUGAAGCAUUGCAUUGUUUGCAUGAAAAUAUAAUGUUUCUUAGUCCCUAUCAUGUGAUCAUUAUUUAUCUAAUAAAAACAAAAUAUACUUGAAAGAAACUUGA